AUGAAGAAGACCCGGAACUACGCCAACGCGGCCGUGCUUCCGGUACCGCUGAGCCAGAUCAACGUCGUCGAGGAGCAUAUGGACAAGUCAUCUUCCAUUCUCGCCGCGCUCAACGCUGGCAAGCUCCCGUCGCACGAGCAAAUCGCCCAGGGCAUCGACGCGCUCCUCGCAGCGCCCGUGCUGAACAACACGCCCGCGACCGGCGAGGGCGAGCUCAGCGCCCAGGGCGCGGAGAUCCAGAACGGCAUCCGCAACCUGCUUACCGCAUACAAGAAGCUCGGAGAGAACAAGAACGCCGAUAACAUCAUCCAAGAAUCCCUAUGGCACCUCUCCGAGGUCGACCCGAAGAACACAUCUACCUCGCUCAGCGCGAUGGACGUCGACACGGACCAAGCGACGCAGGACGCGCGCGCCGUCGCGCACGCAGCUCGCACCCUCGUCAACACGCUGUGGGAUACCGUCUCGCACGAGGGGCGCUCCGUCUUCCACGACUUCGCAUCGUUCAUGCGUCUCGCGCUCGCGGACGCCGCGGAUUACGUUGGCGAGAGCGCGCAGAACGCGGCCGGAGCUCUCAGGGACGUCGACGAGGACGUACAGAAGGGCAAGCGGAACGAGCUCGGCGUGAAGCGCAAGGCCGAGGACGACCCGGAGGACGGGGACGUACGCGCUAAGUUUGAGCGCACGAUGGACUCGACGAAGGAAGUCGGCUCGAAGGCCAUCGGCGCGGGUCAGGUUGCCGUCGCGACCGGCCAGGACCUCGCAGAUCGCACUUCCACUAGGCUUCAAGACGCGUACGAAAAGAUUUGCGACCGCGCGCAAAACGACGAGGACUACCACAAGUCGAUCUCCACGAUCUUCAACCUCGCGGAGAAGUGGAUAAACCGCUCGCUCGACGCGGCCGGCGACGUGAACCAAGCGACUUCCCUCGACGCAUUUAUCGACGACCCGACCCCCGAGAAGCACCUCAUCAACGGUAUCCGCGGCCUGCGCGAGGCCCUAGAACGCCUGGCCGGCGGCAAGUCGCUCGACGGCUUCUUCGGCGCGUUCCGCAACUGCGGUGUCGACAUCCAGCAGGACCCCUCCGUGCGCCGUUGGGUCGACGCGUUCAUCGCACACCUCCGCAAGAGCCUCGACGAGGUCGGGUACGCACGUAGCGACGAGGCGCAGAAGAAGAGCGACAAGCUCCAGAAGGAGUGGAGCGAGCUGCUCGACAAGGACUCGAACAAGGGCCGCAAGUGGAAGGAGGAUGUCGCGGCGCUCAAGCGCGAGGCGUCCGAGUUCCAGACCGCGAUCGACCAGGACGAGGAUCUCCGCGCGGUCCGUCGCGCGCACACGAAGCUCGGCGAGGACCUCGAGAACGGGCUGCUCGUCUCGGGCAGUACGGGCGCGCAGUCGCUCAUGGAGCGCGCGCCCUGGUUCUGGCAGGACGUCUUCAACGUCUACCUGCCGAAGGUCGUCGGCAUGGUCAAGGAUAUCCCAAUCCCGAGGACGGAGUACAAGGAUGACGAAGUCGAGUUCGUCCUCGAGGACCUCGACAUCUCCACGUUCUCCAUCCUCCCUGGCCACGCAUACAUCCGCAACAUCACCGACAUCGACAUCAAGGCGCCCUCCGCGGGUCAAGCCCAGACGGCCGUCGGCGCGCUCACGCGCGUGUACCUCCAGGGCAUGCAAAUCAAGCUCAAGGAGGUCUCGUUCUACUACAAGGACAAGACCGCGUCCAUCGGCCCCGCAGACUUCACCGGCAUCCUCGAGUUCACCCUCCCGCCCCAAGGCAUCGACGUCGACAUCGUCGUACGCAACAUCCCGAACUCGCCCGAGGGCCUCAAGGAACGCGAGCGCCGCAACGCGUUCGUCGAGAUCCAGCGCGUCGACGUCAAGGUCACCGAGGACGUCGAGCUCUCCGUCAAGCAGUCCAACCACCAGAUCCUCGUCUCCGUCUUCCGCCCCAUCAUGCUCUCGCGCCUCCGCGACGCGCUCCAAACCGUCCUCGAGGCGCAGCUGCGCGCGGGCCUUCAGUGGGCGGACGCGUUCGCGUGGGACGUCGGCCGCCGCGCGGAGGUAUUCAGCGACGCGGGCCUCCCGCGCGGCGCGUCGCUCGUCGCUGGGUUCUGGAGCGAGCUCGGCCACCUGCAGAAGGGCGAGGGCGGGCUGCUCGCGGGCUGGAAGGCGACGGGCACGGGCGUGAUCAAGAAGGACGCGGUGACGGGCGCGCAGUUCGCGAUGGGCGCGGAGCCGCAGGUGCUCUCGGGCGAGAAGCACGGGCCGAAGGGCACGUUCGCGGAGCCUGCUGGGGAGCGCGGGGACGUACAGGCGGUCGCGGGGCAGGCUGGGGAGGUUGCGCAGAAGACGAAGGGUGUUGCGGAGCAGGCGAAGGAGACGGUGAAGGGGAAGGUGCAGCAGAUUAAGAGCUUUGCGGAUACGGUGAGCAAGAAGGCGGAGGAGGAGCAGGCGCGGGACGGGUGGCAGAGCGGUGCAUUCGACUGGGCGUGA